AUGUACACAACCAUCAGCGUACCCAGCACUGUGCCUGGCGGGAUUUACACGGAUCUCAAGAUGGCGGGUAUAAUAGGUGAACCGUAUUACGGCGACAACGAUUUAGAUUACGAAUGGGUUGGUCUCGAAAACUGGACAUUCUACAGAAGCUUUGCAGUUCCCACGUACAUUUUCAAUUACCGCUCUAUAAGGCUCGUGGCUCACGGUAUUGACACGGUCUGUGUGGUGACUCUGAACGGCGUCAACGUACUAAACACGACAAACAUGUUCGUCCGCUACGAAGUCGGCGUGAGAUUCCUCCUCAGGAGCAACAACAGCAUCGUGGUGAGCUGCGAGUCACCUGUGCUGUACGCCCUUCGUAAGCACGAAGAGCGAAAUAGAUCGUCGCCCCCUGUGUUGCCGCUGUGUCCGCCACCGAAUCAGAGGGGACAGUGCCACGUGAACAUGAUCCGCAAGAUGCCCUGCUCGUUCAGCUGGGACUGGGGGCCGUCGUUCCCGUCCACAGGAAUUUGGAAACCUAUUGAAUUAGAGGCCUACAACGGAGCUGUUAUUCGAGACGUGACGGUGUCGACGACACCACAAGGCACGGCAUACGGAGGGUUCAGAUGGGUCAUCGACGUCGGCGUGUUCUUCAAGCUAUCUCCACGAGCACCAAAAUACGGCACCAUCUCGAUCAGCCUGGGCGACAUAUUUUUGCGCAGUAAGACAGUUCGCUUUAAGAAGUCGGAAUAUCGCGCGGAAUUAUUUCAAGAUUUUAAUGGAAUGGAGAAAAUUCCCGUGGUCGUUCCGGAGGAUAUAGCAGUAGAGCGUUGGUGGCCGACCGGCUACGGAAGCCAGAAGCUCUACCAGCUCAACGUGACUAUGUCUGUCAAUGACGAGCUGUGUGACAAGAUCAUCAAAUUCGGGUUUCGCACCGUUAAGCUCCAGGAAGGGGCUAUAGCCGAAGCCGCUGAUGGCACUGAGUUCUACUUUAUUGUCAACGGUGUGCCAAUAUUCGCCAAAGGGAGCAACUGGAUUCCAGCGGACAUCUUUCCGGAAAGAGUUACGGAAGAGUACGCCAGAGAGCUGCUGCAGUCCGCGAAGGAUGCCAAUAUGAAUAUGAUUCGUGUAUGGGGCGGUGGUAUUUAUGAGUCAGAUUACUUCUAUGAUCUCUCCGACGAACUUGGGAUUAUGAUCUGGCAGGACCUGAUGUUCUCUGUCAGCCGCUAUCCCGCAGACGAAGCCUUUCUUCGCAGUGUUGCCGCUGAAGUGCAACAACAGGUUCGUCGCCUUCAACAUCAUCCGUCUCUGAUUGUAUGGGUCGGCAACAACGAGAAUGAAAAUGGAAUCUUCAAUGAGGAAUGGGGACCCCUGUUCAGUGUUUUGGACGACUAUCGAAAGCUGUACGUGUACACCGUAAAGAAAGUCAUUGACAGAGAGGAGAGGUCGCGGCCGUUCCUCUCUUCAUCUCCCAGCAAUGGCAGGUAUAUUUCCGCCUCGCUUUCCGGUGAAGUGCACUUCUACGAAUACGAUGGCGACGCCUGGAAUCAGACGGGGUACCCGAUUCCCCGAUUCAUGAGCGAGUUUGGUCUCCAGUCCUACCCGUCUGCUGAAACCAUGCGAAGAGUGGCACCGGAAUCGACGCUCGUAUUCCCUUUCUCACCAUUCCUGCACAACAGACAGCGCCAACAGGGAGGUUACGAGCAACUAGUAACGUCUCUGAUGCGUCAUUUCAACGUACUGAUAGACCACCGGAACGUCAACAAAACGGAAAACGGAUACAGCAUGGUCUCAUACUUGAGCCAAGUGGUGCAAGCCGAAGGUGUUCGCACCGGUUGCGAGUCGCUCCGACGUUGGCGCAGCUACCUCAAUUCUGUCGGCCACGGUCACACCAUGGGCGUUCUUUUCUGGCAGCUCAACGACAUCUGGCAGGCCCCAUCAUGGUCUUCCAUCGAGUAUGGUGGUCGUUGGAAAAUGCUGCACUACUUCGCCAAGAAGUUCUUCAGUUCAGUGCUUGUGUCACCGUUUAUAAAUGGAACGGAUCUUCGCGUAUUCGUGGUCAACGACAAACUUUUGCCGUUGCAUGAUGUAUCGCUCAAAAUUCUCGUGCACCAGUGGACGUCGUUCAUUCCUGUGCACUCGAUGGAAGUUCAUCUGACAGUGAUGUCGUCCGUAACGGGACCGACUUCUUCCGAUUUGGAGCCAGAUGCGUAUGCGUUCGACGUGGAGCUUCGCACGGACAACGUGGCGCUGUUCGUGUGGCUCGACGCGCGUGCUGUGAGCGGUCGCUUCUCGGACAACGGAUUUCUCCUGAAAGAUCCCGUCAAGAUAGUCCAGUUUCGCACAUCCGAGAGCGUGUCCUCCGAGCAGCUUCAAGAGGCCAUAGCCAUCUACACGGCUGCGGUGCAGGUGCACUGGGUGUAUGACGCUUUUCAGGGAGCGUCUUCCGCGAGACGGGAAAAACCAGCUCAACCUGGCCAGCCGAGCGAGAAGGGCAACAAGGCCGCUGGACUCCUGGACUGA